UGGGCGUGGCCCCUCAUGAAUAAUGAAUCACCGCGGUGAAGGGGGGCGGCGGGCCCGCCCCCUCGGGCGGGAAGGGGGAAGCGCCGAGGUUGCCUGACUGGAAUGAGGGUAGCUGCGGCGACUGCGGCGGCGGGAGCGGGGCCGGCCAUGGCGGUGUGGACGCGGGCCACCAAAGCGGGGCUGGUGGAGCUGCUCCUGAGGGAGCGCUGGGUCCGAGUGGUGGCCGAGCUGAGCGGGGAGAGCCUGAGCCUGACGGGCGACGCCGCGGCGGCUGAGCCUGAACCCGCUCUCGGGCCCGCGGCAGCCGCCUUCAACGGCCUCCCGAACGGCGGCGGCGCGGGCGACUCGCUGCCUGGGAGCCCGAGCCGCGGCCUGGGCCCCCCGAGCCCACCCGCGCCGCCGCGGGGCCCGGCGGGCGAGGCGGGCGCGUCACCGCCCGUGCGCCGGGUGCGGGUGGUGAAGCAGGAGGCGGGCGGCCUGGGCAUCAGCAUCAAGGGCGGCCGCGAGAACCGGAUGCCGAUCCUCAUCUCCAAGAUCUUCCCGGGACUGGCGGCCGACCAGAGCCGGGCGCUGCGGCUGGGCGACGCCAUCCUGUCGGUGAACGGCACCGACCUGCGCCAGGCCACCCACGACCAGGCCGUGCAGGCGCUGAAGCGCGCGGGCAAGGAGGUGCUGCUGGAGGUUAAAUUCAUCCGAGAAGUAACGCCAUAUAUCAAGAAGCCAUCGUUAGUAUCAGAUCUGCCAUGGGAAGGUGCAGCUCCCCAGUCACCAAGCUUUAGUGGCAGUGAGGACUCCGGUUCUCCAAAACACCAGAACAGCACCAAGGACAGGAAGGUCAUCCCUCUCAAAAUGUGCUUUGCUGCUAGAAACCUAAGCAUGCCGGACCUGGAAAACAGAUUGAUAGAGCUACAUUCUCCUGAUAGCAGGAACACGUUGAUCCUACGUUGCAAGGAUACAGCCACAGCACACUCCUGGUUCGUAGCUAUCCACACCAACAUAAUGGCUCUCCUCCCACAGGUGUUGGCUGAACUCAAUGCCAUUCUUGGUGCAACCAGUACAGCAGGAGGCAGCAAGGAGGUUAAGCACAUUGCCUGGCUGGCAGAACAGGCAAAACUAGAUGGUGGAAGACAACAGUGGAGACCUGUCCUCAUGGCUGUGACUGAGAAGGAUUUGCUGCUUUAUGACUGUAUGCCGUGGACAAGGGAUGCCUGGGCAUCACCGUGUCAUAGCUACCCUCUUGUUGCCACAAGGUUGGUUCAUUCUGGCUCCGGAUGUCGAUCACCCUCACUUGGAUCUGACCUUACGUUUGCUACCAGGACAGGCUCUCGGCAGGGCAUUGAGAUGCAUCUCUUCCGGGUGGAGACGCAUCGGGAUCUAUCGACCUGGACCCGGAUACUUGUUCAGGGUUGCCAUGCUGCUGCUGAGCUGAUCAAGGAAGUCUCUCUAGGCUGCACAUUAAAUGGCCAAGAGGUAAGACUCACUGUCCACUAUGAAAGUGGGUUCACUAUCUCCAGGGAAAAUGGAGGUUCCAGCAGCAUAUUGUACCGCUACCCCUUCGAAAGGCUGAAAAUGUCUGCUGAUGAUGGCAUCAGAAAUCUUUAUCUGGAUUUUGGUGGUCCUGAGGGAGAACUGACCAUGGACCUGCACUCCUGUCCGAAGCCGAUAGUAUUUGUGUUGCACACAUUCUUGUCGGCCAAAGUCACUCGCAUGGGACUGCUUGUAUGAGCAGCAAAAAAAUCAGUAAAGAGCCUUGAAUGUCACAAGAAGUAUUUCCACCUCAAAAAAAAAAAGAAAAGAAAAGCACAAAAAGAAAGCUCUUUGCUCUCUCCUCCAGCACAGUGCCUUGACAAGGACCUGCAAAUCACUGCUGAACUGUAACCAUGUUUAAAGAAGAGCUUGCCUUUUUCAAGCUACCUUGCCAGAAAUUCUAGGACUCUAGUAAGCUCCAAAAUAAGGCUGUUGAUUUAUUGUCUAGUUUCCUAAUGUGGUUUCUAAGUAAUUAGGUUUAUUUCCCUUGAUAAGAAGGGUGGCUCAUUCUUUUUCUUUUUGGACAUAAUCAAACAUCUAAGAGUUUCUUUUUUUUUCUUUUUCUUCUUCUUCCAAUAGAAUUUGUUUCAGGCUUAGCCUUGAUCUUUUGCUAAGGACAACUAUCUCUUACCAGGUGCUAGUUUGCAGCAGCCCGUGCUUCUUGGUCACUCCAUAUAGUUUAUACAUUUUGUUGGAUUUUAUUGUCCUCACUUACUCCUUCUACCCCAGGAAGUCCUUGAAUUGCAUCACCAAAGGGUUCUUCAUCUGUCAUGGCUCUCCCUGCAUCCCACCCUGGCCAUCACUUCCCACUGCAUCACAAGCUUUGCCACUCAUAAGUGCUAACUUUAAGACUUAGAACUUGCAAGAUUUGAUUUACCUUGCCUUCCACUCCCUUUCUAGUAGUGACCAACUUGAAAAACAAGUUGGAAACCACUGCUUUGAAAGAAAAGUUUUGCUUGUUUUAGGAUUUUCUGAUUUUAUCUUUGGUAGGAGCCAGGGGAUAAGAUUUAUUUUAAAAGAAAAUCCUCAUUUUAGCCUAAGCCAUUUUUUAUUGCUUACCAAAUGUGCCUUUGGUUAGGGUUAGUGGAGCUUUAUUAGUUUGAAUGACUGGAUAUCACUGCCAUUCCAGGGAGAGCAUCUAUCUAAUUUUGAACAAUAAUUUUUGAGGUGGGUUUCCUUAGUAUGGUAUCUUUUUUAGUUGGCAGAUCUCUUUAAGGAAGACAAAUCCUGGAGAGCCAGCUUGUUUAAAGAGUACACUUUGUCAGUGAAGCCAGCUCGCUGUUUAGCACAAACAUCAUGUCACAUUGCUUUGAGCUGUGGGAGCCCAUGCAGGAUCCUGGCCCUGGCCCUCUCCCUCUGUGGCAGCAGAGUGGCAUCCGUCAGCAACUCUAAUUCAGUGCUGGCUCAGUGAUGCAUCCUACAGUGGGCAGGGUGAUGAGACCAUGGAACAGCUACCUGGGCUUUGCUAAGCAUUGCCAGAUAUCAUCAUUAGGACAUAGCAGCAGUAAGAUUGCUGAUUUUGUGGUACUGGAGAACUCAGCUUCUUUUUCCUAAUUAUGAAGGAGUAUAUAUCUGAAAACAUUUAAAAUAGUAUAAUAGCUAUAUAAAAUGUCAAGUUUAUCACAGUCCCCAGAUCUGGAAGAAAAGGCAACACUGACUUUGAUGUUCUCUCUGCUCUCUGAAGAAAGUUCUAGGAAUAGUUCUUAUUUACUAGAGUUAUCAGGAAUGCCAUAAGAGGACGUUAGCACUAUGGAGGGUGGAGAAGGGUAGCAAUCCAAAGAUGAAAAAGAAAAAAAAAAAAAAAAAACCCACAAAUGUACUAUUUGCAAAGCAAGAGCUAUUUGGUUUGAGUGCAGACUGACCUAUAGGUGGGACAUAUAAAAGAGCAGACUCAUGAGCAGAGAGAGUUCUAGUUGGACAUUGUAACCUCAUUGUCUUCCCUCUGCCCCAUAAAUGAGUUCUUCCCCCAGCUCCAGUCCCCAAAGUCUGAUCUACUUAAAACUGGAAAUUGAAAUCUAGACUAGAAUAUAUCUUUUAAGAGCUUUUUUAUGAUUUGAAAAUUCAUAAAUCUAAGUUUGGUUCCAUCUGGGAUACGUUUGCAAAUCAGAGAAGAAAGAAAGUAUCUUGAAGAUCCAGCUGUGAUUUCUGGAAGCAGAAUCGCAACACACAAUACCCUCAGAUAAGGGAGCUUAGACACUUUUGGCAGUGAGAGUAUUAUUAAUCUGAGAAGUCGAACAAUGCAGUCACAGACUUUUGCAGCAAAGCCAUUUGGUGAGGUUUUCUGUGUUAGUAUGAAAGGCUAAGCCACUGAGAAUAUUUUCUGGGAGAACUUCUGAGCCACGGUGCUCAUUCCUUAUAUGAAAAAGAUCUGUUAAAAGGUAUGAUUAAAAUGUGGGCAGGAGAGGUAAGCAUUGUGUGCAUUUCGGCUCAUUUUGCUCAAGCUUUAGCUGUCAUAGCACCAAGAUCCAUAGGUUUCUAGUAUCUUUUGAGUCUUGAUGUGAAAUGAAAGUGUAUGGAGGGUUUCCUUUGACCACUAGCGCCCCAAGAGCAAGAGCCCUUCAGCUGCUUGUUUAACAUACUUCAGCAGCUCUCCAAUCAUGGGUGACCAGGUUGUUCUUUAAUUAAGUGUGUUUGUGGGAUUUUCAAACCACAAAUGUGCUUUUUAUGAAUGGGACAGCCUUGAUAAAUAGGUAUUUUGUAUUAAGACGCCAAAAUGUGGCAAAUUAUUUUCAAGUGAUAACUGAAGAGGGGCAUUUUUGAUAUUUCACAUCUUUUAUAGAACAGCUGACUUUUCAUUUCUUUUUCAUUUUGAAAUAGGAAAAUUGUUGAGAAUGUGGUGGGCUUCCAUGUGUAGAGUGGAAAGGAGCUGCAGAGUAGUGCCCCCUCAUUCCGAUGGACACUCCUUGUGCCCUCGGGACCCGGGGCUUAGACGUCUUCUCCACAUUCCACACAGAUGCCCACGAGCAGCCAAUUGGUGUGUGAAAAUUCUUCCUCCUCAUUCUCUAAAACGUCUCCGCUCCCUCUCCCCACCGAAAAAAAAAAAAAAAAGGAAAGGAAGAAAAGGCUCAAUUAUACUUUUUCUGGAAAAGGUGAGUCCUUC